CAAUUCAAAUCCCAAACGUCAAAUCAAAACCUCUAAAGCUCUUUCGCAAACUCUCACAAGCCCCAGCCCCCCUCAAAUUGUUUUCCUCAACUUUCUUUCCCCACCAACCCCUACCAAGCCAACCAAUGGAUCAGAGAUUCCAUGGCCUGCCUCCUCUCAAGAGAUUCAGACUUAUGCAACAACAAGAGCAGCAAGAAGAUACCCCUUUAGCCUUGUCGCGCCUUCCGGCGAAGAAAAGAAAAGAGGCAUGGCACCAGCCCCUUCUCCCUGACCCAUUUGCCGCCACCACUGCUGUCUCCACCUAUUCAUUGCCUGCCAAGAAAAGGGUUUGGGCCUUUCAGCCAGAUUUAAUCUCCGAGGACCCGCUUUCGACAUUGGACCUUAAUGUCGAGUACAAGGUGCCUUUUGGUGCAGAGUCAGAAGAAGCAGUGGUGGAGAAAGAAGAAGAAGAAGAAGAAGAAGAGAAGGGUAUUAUUCAUGAAAAUGAUUGCAGUGAAGUUACUGAAAAUACCCAAGAAGAGAAUGGCCAAGAAAUUACUGGUGAUGAAGAUGACAAUGAAGAAGAAGAAGAUGGGAUUGUUUGUGCUAUUUGUCAGAGCACAGAUGGAGAUGCAUCAGAUCCAAUUGUGAUAUGUGAUGGCUGUGAUCUAAUGGUUCAUGCCACCUGCUAUGGCAAUCCCCUUGUAAAGGGUAUUCCAGAGGGUGAUUGGUUCUGCACCCAAUGCUCACUUUCUUCUGUGCCUUCUCAAUCCAAUGAGCCCGCUUCUUGCUGCCUGUGUCCUAUCAAGGGAGGGGCAAUGAAGGCCACCAGAGAUGGCAAGUGGGCCCACAUUGUGUGCGCGCUUUAUGUUCCUGAGGUGUUCUUCAAAGACCCUGAAGGCCGAGAGGGGAUUGAUUGCUCCAAGGUUCCCAAAAGGAGGUGGAAAGAGAGGUGUUAUGUUUGUAAGAGUUCAAGGGGUUGUGCUAUUCAGUGCUCUGAGCUUAAAUGUCCUUUGGCUUUUCAUGUGACUUGUGGAUUGAAUGAAGAUCUUUGCUUAGAGUACAGGGAAGGAAGGAAGCAGGGUGCUAUUGUAGCUGGGUUUUGUAAAAGCCACUCAGAUCUGUGGAAAAAGCAAGAACAAACUGGGAAGUACAAGAUUGUGGCCAGAGAAGACUGAAGAGCACAAGUAGUUAGAUUGUGCAGAUUAAUAUAUAGAGCUUUCUGGCCCUCUGUUAUGAACAUGGGACAUCUCCGGGAAGUUAGGCAUUCUCGGUCAAGGCCAUUGCUUUUUUCCUCUGGCUUGGUUCUGAGCAUCAGUGUGAGAUCCAACACCUAAUAAGCCUUUUAACUGCAUACCUUUUGGACAUUAAGGAUCAAAACCCUGUCAAUACAGUGGGGGGACUUAGUGGGCCAAUUCUACCAUUUCUUUGCUAUUAGGAACCACCUCAAUGUUUGAAUUGAAGACAUUUACUAGUCAUAGUUUGUAGAUGU